CCGCGGGUCACUCCGAGGCGCGGGCUGCGGGCGGCGGGCGGCGGGCGCACCAUGCCCUCCUUCGACGAGGCGCUGCAGCGGGCGGGCGAGUUCGGGCGCUUCCAGAGGCGCGUGUUUUUGCUGCUGUGCCUGACGGGCGUCACCUUCGCCUUCCUCUUCGUCGGCGUGGUCUUCCUGGGCACGCAGCCCGACCACUACUGGUGCCGCGGGCCAAGUGCCGCGGCGCUGGCCGAGCGCUGCGGCUGGAGUCCGGAGGAGGAGUGGAACCGCACGGCGCCCGCCUCCCGCGGCCCAGAGCCCCCCGAGCGCCGCGGCCGCUGCCAGCGCUACCUCCUGGAGGCGGCCAACGACAGCGCCUCCGCCACUAGCGCUCUCAGCUGCGCGGACCCACUCGCCGCCUUCCCCAACCGUUCGGCGCCCCUUGUGCCGUGCCGCGGCGGCUGGCGCUACGCCCAGGCCCACUCCACCAUCGUCAGCGAGUUUGACCUUGUCUGUGUCAAUGCGUGGAUGCUGGACCUCACCCAAGCCAUCCUGAACCUCGGCUUCCUGACUGGAGCAUUCACCUUAGGCUAUGCAGCAGACAGGUAUGGCAGGAUCGUCAUUUACUUGCUAUCCUGCCUUGGUGUUGGCAUCACUGGGGUUGUGGUGGCCUUUGCACCAAACUUCCCUGUGUUUGUGAUCUUCCGCUUCCUGCAAGGUGUAUUUGGAAAGGGGACGUGGAUGACUUGCUACGUGAUUGUGACAGAAAUAGUAGGUUCGAAACAAAGGAGGAUUGUGGGAAUCGUGAUUCAAAUGUUCUUUACCCUUGGAAUCAUAAUUCUCCCUGGAAUUGCCUACUUCAUCCCCAACUGGCAAGGAAUCCAGUUAGCCAUCACGCUGCCCAGCUUUCUCUUCCUCCUUUAUUACUGGGUGGUCCCUGAGUCUCCCCGUUGGCUGAUUACUCGGAAUAAAGGAGAUAAAGCAUUACAGAUCCUGAGACGCAUUGCUAAGUGCAAUGGGAAAUACCUCUCAUCAAAUUACUCAGAGAUCACUGUUACAGAUGAGGAAGUUAGUAAUCCAUCCUUUUUAGAUCUGGUGAGAACUCCCCAAAUGAGGAAAUGCACACUUAUUCUUAUGUUUGCUUGGUUCACAAGCGCAGUGGUGUAUCAAGGACUUGUCAUGCGCCUGGGAAUUAUAGGGGGCAACCUCUAUAUAGACUUUUUCAUCUCGGGCGUGGUGGAACUGCCGGGAGCUCUCUUGAUCUUACUAACCAUUGAGCGCCUUGGACGACGCCUCCCCUUUGCGGCAAGCAAUAUAGUGGCAGGGGUGGCAUGCCUUGUCACUGCGUUCUUACCAGAAGGAAUAGCAUGGUUGAGGACCACAGUGGCUACAUUGGGAAGACUAGGGAUAACCAUGGCCUUUGAAAUUGUUUAUUUGGUAAAUUCCGAAUUGUACCCAACAACAUUACGAAAUUUCGGAGUUUCGCUCUGUUCAGGUCUGUGUGAUUUUGGGGGAAUCAUAGCCCCAUUUCUGCUCUUUCGGCUAGCAGCCGUGUGGCUAGAACUACCUCUGAUCAUCUUUGGUAUCCUGGCAUCCAUCUGUGGUGGCCUUGUGAUGCUUUUGCCUGAAACCAAGGGUAUUGCCUUGCCAGAGACAGUGGAUGAUGUAGAAAAACUUGGCAGUCCACAUUCCUGUAAAUGUGGCAGGAAUAAGAAAACCCCAGUUUCCCGCUCUCACCUUUGAGGCCCCCGACAAAGACAGAAAGAAGGAGCUAUCCAGGAGCUGAUCCUCCUUGCAAAGCUGUGCCUUGCAGAGAUGCACGUGUGCAUUUCAGCUACAUCAUGCCACGCUGUUGUAAUACUGUAUAAAGACCUCACUCUAUCCAGAGUAUUUUUAUAUAAUGUUGGAUGAGUUAGGAUUUGUAAUGCUGUUGAAGUUUCUGGGAACACAUAAUAUGUAGCCAGUUUAACAAAGAACCUGUCAGGUGCACAGCCCUUCCUGGGUUUUUUUCUUGUGUUCCCUGUGGUCUCUGACCCAUUAGGCUAAAGAGAGACAAGAGAAGCCCCCGACCUGAUUCUCAUGACAGCUCCAUCAAGAAUGUGGGAUGUGCCGACCAAGGAUUUGAGAAAGUUGUACAGAAAUGUGUUCAUCAAAUCUGGUCAAGGGACUAAGCUCCUAGCUGACCAUUCUGAAGAUUGCAUGGAGGAUGAACAUUUGGGAAUCCUGUUAAUGAGAAGGCUGAAUCACAGGCACCUGGGCCACAGGGUGUGAGCAUUCAUGUUCUCUGCUCACCUUGGUUUCCACACACCUUCGCAAUGUGAACAGGUCAGGAGUCCCUCCCGUCCACCUCCUCUGUAACAUCUGGGGUUCCAGGCAUGGUUUAGGCCCUGUUCCAGCAAUAAGAACCAAUCUGCUGUACAAUCUGAGGACUUGGCUCUGUUACUUACAAAAUGAUGCUGUGGUUCUGAGAUUAUUUGGGACAUUUUUGGCUCUCCUUUAGUGGACACCUAGAGCCACAGAUUCCCUUCUUUACUAAACAAAUCCCAUGGAUUCUGAUUUCUGGGUCUUAGGAUUUUAAAAGUGAAGGGAUAUUUUUCUUAUAUUUGUGAGUUCAGUUCCGAUGGUGCCCGUGGUCAAAAGCGAAAAACAUGGACAAUUCCUAUUCAUUCUUGGCACUUUGACAUGUCUUGGGGAAAAGCUUACAUUUUAAUUUAAAAGAAAGAUCAAUUAUAUCCAUGCUUAACAGGAUCAGCAGGAGCUUUAUAAAUGACUUUACAGAGACUAAUAAGGGAUUUGAUCUUUCUUUUUUUGUUAUCGAGGCUUUUGAAAUGUGGAACUUGUGUGUUCUGCUUUGUAUGUUAUAUUCAAUAUCUUUUCAGAUGCAGUCUAUAUUUUAUGCUGAGUUUUAAAAAUGAAAUACUUUAUGCAAACAGGCAAAAUUGGUACCAAAGGGAAACAUUAACCAUGAGGAAGAGCAUUUUUCUAAGGAGAACAGGUGACAAUAUACACAUGUGCGCUAAUUGUAAAAUGAGCAUCUUAAUUUUUAAAACACAUCAGAAUUGAAUACGAAUAAUCUAUUUGUCGAUGAAAUAAACACAACUCUUUGAGGAUUUGAGACUACAUUCACCCUUUAUUCACAGUCACUUGCAGUUUUGCUUUUCUCUGCAUUUCUCUGCUGUAAGAUGACUGUUGCAUUGUUGAAUUGUAUUUUGAGUGGAUAUUUUUGUUUGGUAACAAUUAAAAUUUUAAAUCGUAAAAAAUG